AUGGAUGCGGACGACGAAUCUUCCUGCCCUGGAGGUGGGAAUGCAACCAAGCCAUCCACCGAUGUGCUCAAGGCUCAAACUGGAAGCAAGCCAUUGCUUUGCUUGGAAGACCGGAAGGGAAGGCGGAGCCUUGCUUCAGACAAUAGCUGCAAGCGAGAUGCAGCGAUGUUUGUGCCGGACCGGAUCAGCUUCAACUCUGCCAUCAAUGCCUGCAGCAAGGCAGCGCAAUGGCAACGGGCCCUUGGUCUCUUGUCGCAGCUCAAGGGAAGGAGCAUCCGAACGGACCAUAUCAGCUACAACACUUGCAUGGAUGCGUGUGCCCGCAGCAGUCAUUGGGCAGAGGCUCUGUGCUUCCUAAGGCGGACCCUGGAUGCUGCGAUCCUGUCGCAGCGUCAGUAUCUCUUUGGGCUGAACACUGGGCUGAGUGCUGGCGCCAGGGCGGCCAAGUGGAGAGUGGCUCUCCCCUUGCUGGAGCAGAUCAAGUCCCAGUUCCUUGAAGCAAAUGAAGUGACGCUGAAGUGGUGGCAAAGUGCUUGUAACAAGCACUGGAAGGUGGCCAUGGCCGGCAUGAACAUGCUCACUGCCUUGGGCCUCACAUCACCUUGGCUGCCACCCUUCAGUAUGGCCGAAGCGAAGUGGCCCUCCGUCUUGCGGCUGCUCUACCAGAUGUCCAGCCAGGUGGAUGCUGUGUCUCUCAGUUCCAUCGCUUCGACCUUGACAUGUUCCUGGCGCCGCUCCCUCAGCAUGCUGAGGGCCUUCCUUCGGGAGGAGGCCUUGGUGACCACCGCGGUGGUGCACGCCUUCAGCCAGGGCCUCCAAUGGCACCGCGCCGUGACGUCUCUGAGCGCAGCGGAGGUGGAUGGCUACACGCUGUCGGCGGCCAUCCUGGGCUGCGGAAGAACAUCUCAGGCCUACAAGGUGCAACUGAAUGUGAUCAUUUAUGGCGCUGCCUUGUCAGUCUGCGAGCAAUCGGGGCAAUGGGCCAUGGCUCUGCACCUCUUCAGCGACAUGUGUCGAAAGGCCUUCCCUAGCCAGAACUCAGAGCUGGAAGCGAAUUUGGUGAUCUACAACACCAUCAUCAGCUCCUACGCCGUGGCUGGCGCCUGGCUGAAGGCCGCAGAAGUUCUGGAGGAGCUGCAACGCUCGCGGCAGGCGGAUGUCGUGAGCUGCAGCAGCCUGAUGCACGGCUGUGUGCUGGGCAGCGUGUGGCAGUCCGCCUUGCAGCUGAUGGACCAAUUCUCAGGGCGUUCCUUACAGCCCUCCACCGUGAGCUUCGGCACCGCCAUCAACGCCUGCGAAGCGGGCGGCUGCUGGCAAUUGGCCGUGCAUCUGCUGGAGGAACAGGGCCACCGACUCCCUGUCUCCAACAUCGAGCUGAACUCAGCCAUCAGUGCAUGCGAGAAAGGACUUGCGUGGCAAGAGGGCCUUGAUCUUCUCAGACAGUUUCCUGCACACUCCUUGAAAGCAGACUUUGUGACUUACAGCGCUUCCAUUCGUCUUUGUGAGCGGAUAGGGCAUUGGACAAGAGCUUUGGCCUUCCUGGAGCUGAUGCGCGCGGCUCAGAUGGUCCCAGCCGUUGUCGCCACCAUGGACACCGCAUGUGCGGCAGCCGCGGCAGCGAAGCCGGACAUCGCCAAAGCUUUGGCUCAGGAGAUGUCUGAUCCCGUUGACAAGCUCUGGUGCUUAGCCCAGAUCUUUUGCUGUGACCCUCAGCUCAUCCGUGAAGCCCUUCGUGCCAUGCCUUCCGCGGAGCGAGAAACGGAGGUUCUUCUCCGUGCGUGCAGUUCCCUAUCUUUGCUGGGCAUCGAGUGCAAGGAAGUGUCGGUGAGAGUGGACCAGCACCUGAUGAGUUUGAUGCCUCUUAUGUCACUUCAACAACUCAAUGUUGCGGCUACAGCAGCAGCCAAAGGCCGAUCACUGGAGAUCCUGCAGAGGAUUCAAGAGUGGUGCUGUGAGCGAUUGAAGACAGCUGAAGGCACUUUUGAGGAGGAUGCUGAUAGCCUGCUGGGUGUCUUAUGGGUGACCCGGCAACUCCAGUGCACCUCAAGGCCGGUUCUGGGGAGGCAUGCUGAGGCCUGGGACAGUGCUAUGCCGGGGAUCAUCCCAGGGAUCGCCCUGGGAGCCUGGCCCAUUUUCCUGGACAAACGACACCGGCGUGGUUUCCUCCAUCGCUUGGAUGUGCCGAGUUCGGGGCUGGUGGUGGUGGCCAAGACAUAUAAGUCAUACUAUGACCUACAGGUUCAACUCAGCACCGAAAUGGCCAGGAAAUAUGUGGUGAUGGCCCAUGGCUGGCUCAGCCCACGAGCCAUCGAGGCAAGCGUCUUCUGGUGGGAUGAUGGCCCAACGGUGGCAGGUGGCCGCGGGAAAUCCAGCCGCAGCAACGUCCUGGCCUCCCGGCGACUCCUUGGCGGUUCCAGCAGCUUCUCCCUGCUGCGGAUGGAGAUUCUGACGGGCCGAAAGCAUCAGAUCCGGAGCCAUCUGAGUCACUGUGGACAUCCCACGGUCUCUGAUGGCCUCUAUGCCGCGACGGACGUGUACAUCAGCGAUUGCAGUUUCUGCCCGCGAAAUUGGUUGCACCGCUAUGGCUUAGCCUUCAAAGACUGCCAUGGCCAAGUGAUCCGUUUGCAGAGUCCCGUUCCAGCAGAUUUGAAGGAGGCAAUGAGGCAGACACUUGGACUGCGUGACAUCGAGGGGCCAUAUGGCAGAUGGACGGUGGCUGAGGUCUUCAACAUGGCAUUGAUGAUGACGAUUGUGAAAACCUGUCAGCUCGAUGUGGAUGGUUGGCUGAAGGCCCGAAACCCAGGUGCCUCCUGGGGUGGACCCGAUGGAAACUGGUCAACAGAGGAACGGAAGACGCUUGAGAAGAACCUUGCGAUCUUUGCUGUUCUUGUAGCGACUGAAGGGGAGAGCUUGCAUUCAGUUUAUCGCAAUGAAGAAGGCUGGGCAUACGGAAGCUUACUGCAUACCAAUCCCCAACUGGUGGCCCUGGGAACCGAUGAAUCAAUCAUCUUUUGGGCAGAGGGUCCUUAUGUCCUCAUCCUUUUGGCCCUGCCCAGCGUGGCGCUGAAGCAAAGCCUGGGCAUCAGCCUCGAAGUGCAAGAAGACUUGUCUGCCAAAACCGUCGCCGACGCGCAGCGCUUGGUGCAGGAACAACUGCGGGGGUCAGUCGCUUCCUGCAAGGAUUUCACUUGUAGCGAUGGUUGGACACCAAAGCCAGACCAUGGUGAACUCAAAGGAAGCAGCGACGCGGUGUGCUGCCAGCAAACCUGCCAGCUGUUCACUUGCGGCAUGGGUUAUGUUGCCAACAAGGGCUAUGCCAAGAACGUUGGCUCGACUGCUGGACAAUGCUGCGACAAGACCUGCCAUGGUUUCUCCUGCCCUAAGCAUUUGCAGGUGGCCCCGCAGAUGCUGAACAAAGCUGGAAACACCGUGGAGGAGUGCUGUGCCGAGACUUGCUCAGAGGUGACCUGUGAGGCCAACUAUGCCAAGAAGAGCGAGCUGAAGGACAAGGUCCACCCCCCUGGUGAAGCACAGAGCUUUUGCUGUGCAGAGACCUGUGCUUUGCACACCUGCGGCAAGAACAUGGCACCAGAUGAAGAUCGAUACUUGACACUGCAAAUGGUUUGGGAAGUGCAUCCUUCACCUUACGGCGUGCCGUACUACUACAAUCCCAAGACCAAAGAGUCACGGUGGACGGUCCCCACGGGACCCUUGGAUCGUGUGGUGCCCAAGGAAGUUUCGCAGGAGGCUUCUGUGGCCACUCAAGUGGCCGAAGAAACCAAGAAAGAACCAGAGGUGGAAUGCAUCUCCAGUUCUUGUUCCAGCACCUCAGAGUCAGAUGAUGUGCCAAAUCCCCUGUCUGCAGCUGAACGUGCCAAACUGAAGGUGGAGAAUUUCAAGGCCAUGCUUCAGGAGCAGGGUGUCCGAGCCUUCGACACCUUCAACGCCUGGCUUCCUCGGCUCCUGGGUGACGCGCGCUUCACGUCGGUGCCGAAGAGCCAGCGGCGGAAAUUGUUUCAGCGCCUGGCGCAGAGCUUGGGAGAAGGGCAAAGGAAGCUGGAGGCUGACAGCCGGCGACAAGGACGUGAGGGAUUCUUGCAGCUGCUGGAGCUUGCUCAUUCCCAAGGUCAGUUGGAGUCAGUCUCCCUUGCCGCGACCAUGGCGGAGCUGGAGCGUCACUUCGCCCAGGACGGCCGCUGGACGCAGGUCGCGGCGCCGGAACGGCAGCGCUUGGUGGAGCUGAGGUGGGCGGAUGUGCGGAAGCUGAAGGAGGAAGAGGAACAGAAGGCUGCCAGAGCUUGGAGAUCUUGGCUGCUGGAGAAGGUCUCCCACCACCCGGCCAUGCGGCCGCCAGCCUUCGACGCCCUGCCGAUGACCGACGCGGCGAGUUUUGAAGCGCUGCCUGUGGCCCGGCGCCGGGCGAUCUACGAGGAGCUGGCGGCGGAGCUGGCGAGGAAGGCGGCGAGCGAAAAGAAAGCGGAGGCGGAUGAGGAAGACGACCUCCUGGAGAAACGCAAACGCAGCCGCCUGGAGGUGGCCGAAGAGGACUUCCGGGGUCUCUUGGCGAAGAAGAUCCGAUCGCCCUUGGAAUUCAACUGGAAGGAGAUUACUAUGGUUUUGGAUGGCGAGAAGCUUCCAGAAUUAGAUGAGGUGGACCUGGAAACCAUCUUCAAUGAGGUCAAAUCGGAAGAUCUGGCGCGUCGCCUGGACGCCUUCUCUGCUGCUUUGCUGCGUUCGGAGCUUGCAGCGGAGACCUCAUUGCAGGAAGCCAUCCAAUCUGUGGAAAUGGAGGAGUAUCUGCAAGCUGUACCUCAAAAUGAGCUGAAGAAACGGUGGGAGGACUGGCGUCGCUUCCGCGUCACCGAAGCCCUGGACGUUUUCGCCGCCUGGCUACGCCAGGAACCGGCGCUCUACACGGCCGAAGCCCAAAGGGCGGCUUCACGUGGCGCCGCGGUGGAGGAGCUGUGCAAGAAAUUGGAGUCCGACCUUCGCUACCGCCGCUUGGACUGGGUGCCCAGUCAGCGCAUGAAGGUCAUCACGGCUCGCCUCGACGAGAUUGCGGCGGAGAGGAAAACGGACAAAGUGCUGGUGACCGAAGACAAGUGCUGCGACACCGUCUGUGGUGGCUACACCUGCGGCAAGGGAUGGCAAGCGGAUCCCUUGAAGGCCACCAAGUUUGGAAACACCGACCAGGCUUGCUGUACAAGAACGUGUGCCAAGUACGAGUGCAGCGCUGGUUGGGCCCCCAACCCUGACGUGGCAUCCUUUGUCGGUGUCAGUGAUGAGCUUUGCUGCAAGAAGAAGUGCUCGCAGUACCAGGACAAGUGUACGGGUGACUACGCCCCCAACCUCGCGGCCAAUGAGACGGUGGGUGACACCGCAGAUCUGUGCUGCCUGCGCACUUGCGCCUUACACAGCUGCAGUGGCAAGAUGGUGGUGAAACCAGAGCCCAAGGAGUUGGUUGGUGCUACGGAUGCCGAUUGCUGUGAAGAUGAUCAGACGGGUUGCAACGGAUUGAGCAAGGAGGAGUGCACCGGCAGCAAGGUGGAAUUGACCAACACUCAGACCAACAAGACAGAUGUCCUUGCCUGCAAAUGGAGCAAGUGGAGCAUUUGCGCAUUGGGCGAUCCUCAACCCGCCAACUGCGCAUAG